AUGCAGGCGCUAACACUUGUCGAAGAAGAAGAUGAAUGGACCGAUGUGUCCGACGACAUUGCUGGACUUGGUUUAGACGGUCAUGGCAAGCCUGACGAUGAGAGCAACAAACCGCUUUCUGAGGAAGAGCUUGCGCUAUUACCCAACAGUAGGUCUUUCAACUUCACGAACACAAUUCCCGUGACAGCAAGCCCCGACGCACGCCAUUCAAGCUGGUUAGCUGACCGCGCAGUGCCCAUUCUCUUCAGCAACCAUCUACCACCAUGCGGUCUACUACCGCAACUUGCAUACCAGAACACCGUUCAUCGCCUGCGCAAACUCUGGCUCGAGCGCGCCCACCAAGAAUCCGCGGACAUCCCCCUCCCCAGUCUCUGCCGCCUAGUCCUGGACGACCUCAAAGCCGAAGAAGAAGAGCUCCCAGCCGGCAGUCAGGCCGGAACCAAGAACCGCACUCCCUGGCGACGCGAAACCGUCUUCCAGUAUGAACUCCGCUGGGCCAAGUACUUUGUCCGGGAAGCCGAGACCGCGGAGAAGAGAGUCACGAUGACAGAGAAGCAGCUCGAUAAGCAGGACUUUAUGGAUAAGAUGUACCCGAUACCUAAGGAGUUGAAGAUUUAUGUCAACAACAAGAAGAAUCAGAAGAUGGUGUCGGAUCUGUGGAAGGAGUGGCAUCACAAGAAGAGAGGGACUGUGGAGCAGGAGAGUGCGGGGCUGGGUGUUGGGGGUGCGAAGGAUGAGGAUGCUGAAGCUGCUGGGGAUGAUGGAGAGGAUGGAGACGGGCAGGAUGGGCAGAGACACAAUCGCCCAACCGCGUCUUUGAUCAGCCUUUCUCUUGCCUUGCCUCGCGCAUCUCAGUUCACUUUACCAAAGCAACAAGCAACGAUCCGCUACCUCAUCUUCACCAUGGUCAUCAAGUGGACUGCCGAGCUUGACUCGAUUCUCCUCCACGGCGUCUUCGAAGAGUGCAACAUCUCCUUCAACAAGACGCUUUGCAACAAGAUCGCUGAGCGCGUCACGGCCGCUGGUUUGGAAUGCACCGCCAAAGCCGUAGAAAACCGCCUCUACUCCUGGAAAAAAAAGAACGUCUCCGGCAACACCAACCUCAACUCCGCCACCAACACGCCCUCCAAGUCCACCGCUUCAACCCCCAAGACACCUCGUUCCAAGGCCAAGCCCGUUCCGCGUAAGAAGAAGAACGUCUCCGAGGAGGUCGACAGCGAUGGUCCCCAGGGUCUUAUGGACGACGACGAGGUCCUUUCCCCGACUGCGGCGCGUGGCAAGCGUGGUCGUAACGGCGGUCAGAAGGUCAAGUAUGAUGAGUCGAGUGAGAAGGAGGAGGAGGAUCUGGAGGCUGAGGAUGUGUAUGUUCCGAUGGCUAAGCGGGUUAAGGAGGAGCCGGUUGAUGAGGAGGGUGUCGUUGUUGAGGAGCUCGUUGAGGAAGAGGUUUAG